UUAUCGAUGACAUGAGGCUGUGAACGCUCUUCCUCCCUCUUCCACGGGAGGCCAAGAUGACCACCGCUGUCAGCAGCUGCCGCCAGCUCCUCUCCUCCCCAUCUCUCCCCACCUUCUUGCGCCGCCCACCGUCUCCUCCACUCCCUCGGCGCUUCUUCAGCUGCAGCGGCAGGAAGAAGCGGCAACAGUGGCAGCCGCGCCGCAGCUCCGCCGGCUUCCGGGCGCGGUGCGGACUCCUACCGGUGGACCCCUGGGCGCCCACCGUCGACUCCCAGAGCGUCGCCUCCCAGCUCUUCGCCGCCUCCCUCUUCCCCUACCUGGGCUUUCUGUACUACAUCACCAGGUCGAACACCGCGCCCAAGCUCACCCUCUUUGGCUUCUACUUCCUGCUCGCCUUCGUUGGCGCCACAAUUCCUGCUGGUAUAUAUGCAAAGGUGCAUUAUGGAACCUCAUUGUCAAAUGUUGAUUGGCUGCAUGGUGGAGCAGAAUCCUUGCUUACUCUCACAAACUUGUUUGUCGUUUUGGGUUUGAGGGAAGCAUUGAGGAAAAUAAAGGAAGCAAAAAAGAGCACACCUCCAGUAGUUUCAGAAGUUAAAGAAAAAAGUUCCGUAUAGACAGCUCUGUCGAAGCCUUCUACUGCUCCUCUUUUAUGGUCAAUUGGAAAGGGCAGUGCUGCUGCUUACCUCUCCUCCGGCGCCGCUACUUCCUGUUCCGGAGUCGGAGACUGCUCGACCACCUCCUGCCCUCACAAGAACCUCACCUACACUACCGUGGUGGCCGCCGUCCUCGCAACUGCUCCCCGGCCAACGACCUCUCCUCCUCGCCCAUCGCUGCAGCCUCCUCUGCAGUGCAUCGCUACAUCGCUGCAUCGCUGCAGCCUUCUCUGUAGUGCAUCGCUGCAGCCUCCUCUGCAGCUUCCUCGCCCAUCACUGCAGCCUCCUCUGCAGUGCAUCGCUGCAGCCUCCUCUGUAGUUCAUCGCUGCAGCCUCCUCUAUAGUUCAUCGCUGCAACAUCCUCUGCAGCGCAUUGAUAUGCUUUUCUCCUCCUCCCUCCCUCCUAUAUCUUUACAUCUUCUGUAAAGAUCACUUAAAUCGCCACAAAAUAUCUGGGAUGUCUUCAUUUUCCUC